AUUUCCAAAUUUCUAGGACUCUAUGGUAGGCUCUGGUAGAAAAACAGAGUGAUGUAUUAAAACACAGGAUUUAAAUAAUUUACAUGUGGUGACCCUGUGGUAGUGUUGUAGGCGUGUUUGUUUUAUCAGUUGUCAUCAUGGAUUAUUAGUGCGGUAUUGCUGAGUGGAAAUAAUAUCUAAUUUUAUUUACCGAUUUCUUUAGCUGUGACUUCUAGUGUUGUGGCGCGACUAGUAUUAUAUGGAAUUAUGGAAAUUGGAUUUGUGCUUUGACAUCUGAUAUGCGGUUUCCAUUAACCUAACGUUAUUCUCUUAGUUAAGUGAAUCACUUGUUUUUUGGAAGUUGGCAUUUAUCGAUCAAAAUGGCAACAAUUUAUCCUGAUAAUGAUGAAAUAAAAUUUCGUUAUGAAAAUUAUAGAAAUAUAGAAGACUUAUUGAAUGAUAAAGUUGAAUGUACAAUUUGCAACAAUGAUUUAUUAAAUGAAAUUAUAUCAAAAAAGAUGAUAAUGGUUCAUAAAUCUCAUUUAUUUCUGUGUUGCUAUAACUGUUUCUAUAAACUAUUUGAAGGUCAAGAAUAUAGUUGUAUUUCAUGUAAAUCUAAUUAUGAAUUAUCUAAUUGUGAAAAAUGCAACCUCAAUGUUUGUAAACGCUGUGUUGAAAAUCACAAGAUAGUUCAAGUAUCAAGUGGUGUCAUAAGUAAAUGCUUUAAUUGUGAACCACAGGCUUUAUGGAAGCAAAGAGCUCAAGCUGCUAAUGUGUUAAAAAUAUUUUUUUCUCAGUUAGAUUUGCCAAAUGGCUUAUUAGUUAAUGAAAUAGAACGUGAACAAAACGUUAGAAAAUAUUUAGUAAAUGAAGCUAAAAUUGGUCAAAAUUCUAUAACAGAGAAAGUUAGAAAUCAUUUAUGUCUUGAUUUUAUAUUAAAAUCAUACAAAUGUAUUCUAACUGAAAAACUCUCUGAUUUUUUUCCAAAAACAAAUUAUAUUCCAUUUGAUAAGUGUUUAAGUGAAUUUAUUGAGAAUUGUGAAUAUAUUUUAGAAAAAACAUGUUCUACUUUGACAAAUUUUAAGAAAAUAUUUAAUUUAAGUUCAAGUUUAAACCCAGGUGUGACUGCUAUGAUAAAAGCAUUAUUGAAAUCUGUUGAUGAAGAUAGUUGUAUAUUUUCUAAUUCAAGGCACAAUAUAGGAGAUGAAAGUAAAGUUAUGAAUAAUAAUAAGAUUAAUGAAAAGUCCACCAUCUGUAAAACAAGGUCUGCAUCAAAAAUUAAACAAAACAAAAUACAAAGUAUUUUAAAUUCUACAGUAUGUACAAUGAAUAAUGAAACAAUAUUUCAUUUGGAACCAACUGUUCUUUUAGAACGAAUUGAUGAUUCUAUUUUAUUAAAAAAAAGGAAUAACAAUUCAACUAAAAAUGUACUUCCUAAUACAGAAGAAGAUGAAACUGUUCAUCCUUUAGAUUUAUUUGAUGAUCUUAGUAGUAUUAGUAGUGAUGCUGGAUAUUCAAGAACAUUAAGAAAUCGUAAAGUUUUAACUAAAAAAAAGAAAAUAAAUAAUAUGACAAAAAGUAAACCAUUAAUAGAUGAAAAAUCCGAUGAUGAAAAAGAAAAUGACAGACUGACUAAUUUCAAUACAAUUAAUCGUGGCUUUAAAAACAAAAAUGAAACUGAAGUUAAUCUCAUUGAUAUAAAUAAUAAAAAUAAAAUGGAAGCAAUGCAACAAGCUAUUAAUAAUAUUGAUGACGACUCUGAUGCUGAUAAUUAUAAUGAAAAUUAUGAUAACUCACAAAAAUCAUUGAAUGAUAAUUUGUUAGUCGAAAAUUCUCUGUUAAUACCUCAAAAUUACUCAAAUGUCAACAGCAGUGAAAGUGAUGAUAGUUCAAUAAAUGAUGUGAUAAAUUCAUGUUUAAUUGGUUGUAGAAAACAAAACAUUGAUCAUUAUCGUAAGAAAAGUCAAGAAAACCAAUUAGAAAUAAAUGGUGGACCUGAUGAAUUACAAAAUGAAGAAAAUAUGGAAUUUUCAGAACUUUCAGAUAAAAAUGAUGAGAUGGUAACUGCAAAUCGUUCAAAUAAUAUUUCUCCAUUUAAAAUGCCAUCUUUAAGUGAUAACAGUGACAAUAGUGACUUUGAUUUGAAAGUUAAAAAAAACACGGGCAGUAAAAAAAGGAAGCUGACCACAUCUAGUUCAUCCAAUGACUCAGAUUCAUCAUCAAAAUAUUUUAAAAAAACACCAAAAAAACUUACUAAAAGUAAAAAUAAUUGUGUUGAUUUUGCUUAUAAUAGUAGUAAUGACAGUAACAGUGAUAGUGAUGAAGAAGAUUCACCUGUCAUCAUUAAAAAGCAUAAAAGAAUCAGUAGGAAAGUAUAUGAUGAAUCUAGUGAAGAAAAUGACGAGGAAAAUGGUAAAAAUAUUACUACUACACCCACUAAAGGACGAAAGAAUAUACGUAAAAUGAAAAAUGAAGAUGAACUGAGUGAAUUAACUAAAGAUGCUUUACAAGAAGAAAAAUCACGAAAAAUGCGUCUAGAAAAACGUCAACAACUUUAUAAUCAAAUAUUUGAUCCUCCAACACCAAUUGAAUCUUGUAAAAAAUUGGUGUUAGAUUUUGAUUCUGAAACAAAAAAAGAACUCGUAACAGUUCAUCCAGAUCUUGUAAAAUUUCUUAAACCACAUCAGGUUGCGGGUGUGAAAUUUUUAUGGGAUUCGGUGUUUGAAUCGCUGGAUUUCACAAAAAAAAAGAAAAAAGGAAGUGGAGCAAUUUUAGCUCAUUGUAUGGGCCUAGGUAAAACGCUUCAAAUUAUAACAUUAGUUCAUACAUUAUUUAGAUACCCAGAAAUAGGCAUUAAAACCGUUUUAAUUAUUACUCCUCAUUCAACUAUUGAAAAUUGGUGUAAGGAAUUUCAAAAAUGGUUAAAAGACAUUCCAGAAGAAAAAAAUUUUCUUGUAUUCAACCUUUCUGAAUCAAAAACGUAUGAAAGUCGUAACAAUUUAGUACAAGAGUGGCAAAGAGAAAGUGGAGUAUUAGUUACAAGUUACCAAUCAUAUAGAACAAUUGUUAAAUUUAAGGGAAUUGAUAAAUUCCCUACCCUAUUAGAAACUCUUGUUGAUCCAGGACCAAAUUUAAUAAUUUGUGAUGAAGGACAUUUAUUAAAAAAUCACAAUUCUGCUAUAUCAAAAGCAGUAAAUCGCAUUAAAACACUUCGAAGAAUUGUGUUGACAGGAACACCACUACAAAAUAAUUUGAAAGAAUAUCAUUGUAUGGUAGAUUUUAUUCGUCCAAACUUAUUGGGUUCAUUAAAAGACUUUACUAACCGUUUUAUUAAUCCUAUCACUAAUGGUCAAUACUCUGAUUCAACUCCAUUAGAUGUUAAAUUAAUGAAGAGAAGAUCACAUGUACUGCAUAGAAUGCUUGAAGGAUUUGUUCAAAGAUGUGAUUACACUGUUCUUACACCUUUUUUACCUCCUAAACAUGAAUAUGUCAUAUAUUUGAAAAUGUCCAGCAAACAAAUUGAGUUAUAUAAGUAUUAUUUAGAUAAAUACAGACAAUCAGAGUUAUUUGCUAAUUAUCAUAUGCUUCAAAUGAUCUGGACUCAUCCAAAAUUGCUAGCAAUAUAUUCCAAACAAGUUGAAAAAAAAAAACAAAAAUUGAAAGAUAUGGAAUCAACCUCAAGUGACAAUACUUCUGAUGUUGAUUCUCAUUCAAGUUCAAUUGAGCAAAUUGAAAAUGUGGAUUACAAUUGGUGGAAAGAAUUAGUGACAAAGAAGGAUUUAGAAAGUGUGUACCCAUAUUCAAAGUUUAUAAUGAUGUUUUCAUUACUUCAAGAAUGUGAAGAAAUAGGGGAUAAAGUAUUAAUAUUUAGUCAAUCAUUAAAUACUCUUGAUCUCAUCCAACAUUUUUUGGAAAAUGCUGAAUUAAUUAGCAGUGAUAUGGGUGGUCCAUAUGGUAAAUCAUGGUAUCAAGGUGAAGAUUUUUUUAGAAUUGAUGGUUCUGUGAAUUUGAAAGAUAGAGAAGAAUGUUGUGACCAAUUUAAUGAUGUCACAAAUUUAAAGAUGCGUCUUUUGUUGUUAUCUACAAAGGCUUUCAACCUAGGUGUUAAUCUAACUGCUGCAAAUCGAGUUAUUAUUUUUGAUGUGACAUGGAAUCCAACUCUAAAUGUUCAAAGUAUAUUUCGUGUAUUCAGAUUUGGACAAACUAAACCAUGCUACAUAUAUAGAUUUGUUUCAGAAGGUACAAUGGAACAAAAAAUGUAUGAACGCCAAAUAUCAAAGUUAUCUAUGGCUUUCCGUGUUAUUGAUGAACAUCAAAUUGAUCGUCAUUUUAAUGCUAAAAAUCAAGAAGAAUUAUAUGAAUUUGAGCCCAUAACAACUCCUAAAACAACUAAUUUACCUAAAGAUCGUUUAAUGGCCGAGUUGAUCUUGAAGCAUAAAGAUCUUGUAAUAGACAUAUUGGAACAUGAUUCAUUACUGCAAAAUAAUGAAGCAGAAGAAUUAGAUGAAAAUGAUAGAAAUGCAGCAUGGGAUGAUUAUGAAAAAGAAAGAUCCGGACUGAUUAGUGCAGAGCAAUUUGUACUAAAUAUGAAUCAUAACAGUUCAAUAGACAACUUAAAAAAUAUGCUGUCUUCACGAAUGCAAACAUCACCCGAAGAUGUAGCACUGUUCAAUACACUAAGAAAUGUUUUUCCUAAAGCUUCCAUGGUUCAACUGAAUGAUAUGUUAAUUCAAGUAAAGCAAUCACAAGCUGAACAAUAAUAAUAUAAUUUUACUAAACAUAUUUAUAAUUUUUACUUUGAAAAAUGUAUUGAUUUGUUUUGUUCCAUACAAAUUUGAUAAAUUAAAACUAAUAUUAGUAAUUAUACAUUAAUAUAGUGUUUAAGGAAAAGUCUAGUGUUGAAUUAUUUUUGUACUCCCAUAGUAUAUUUGUAUUCCUAUAAUUUGU